CGAAACUAACAUCUGACGCUUCUUCCCUCUCUCUCUCUCUCUCUCUCUCUGCGUAUUCAAAACUAUUCUCAUUUGAGGAUUUCACUUUACAUGCCUAGAAAAGGGAUGAGGACUAUCUUCUUCAAGGCUUCUUCGCCUUCAUCCUCGCACCAAUCUUCACCCUCGCGUGCGCCUUCCUCCCCGCUUCAUGAGUCCAUGAUGGACGAGAACAUCGAUAACGCUCAAUCAGUCAUCUCCAAGUGGUACUCCGACGAGUCCUCCUUCGCCAAUUUCACCUCCCUCUUUCAUUCCAGCCGCAGCGAAGCCAAGCAGUUCUUAAGCGCUGUUGCGAAUUUGCAACGCGCUAUGCACUUCUUCGUCAACCAUGAUUCCACUUCAGAGAAGCUCAUCCGAUCUCAGAACCUCAUGCAGCUCGCCAUGAAGAGACUCGAGAAGGAGUUCUACCAGAUUCUCUCUUCCAGUCGGGAGUACUUGGACCCCGAGUCCGUCUCCUCGCAUGUAUCUGCGAGGUCGAGCAUCUCCGACUUUGAAGACGACCGUGCGUCGGAGGAGGAGUUCGGAGCCUCCAUUGAGUCCGUUUCUGGAGUGGAGAGGGAAUCGGAGUUGGCGAUGGCGGAUCUCAAGGCCAUCGCGGAUUGUAUGAUUUCUUCUGGUUAUGGUAAGGAGUGUGUGAAGAUUUACAAACUUGUGCGCAAGUCGAUUGUCGAUGAAAGCCUGUAUCAUCUUGGAGUCGAGAGAUUGAGUUAUUCGCAGAUUCAGAAGAUGGACUGGGAGUUGAUCGAAAAGAAAAUUAGGCAUUGGUUGAAUGCUGUCAAGGCUGCGGUGAAAACUCUCUUCUACGGAGAGCGAAUUCUCUGUGAUCAUGUUUUCUCAGCAUCUGAUUCCAUCAGAGAGUCGUGUUUCUCGGAGAUUACAAAGGAAGGUGCGCUCUCUCUGUUUGGAUUCCCGGAACAUGUUGCCAGAUGCAAGAAAACACCCGAGAAAAUGUUCAGAAUACUUGAUCUCUAUGAAUCCAUCUCUGAUCUCUGGCCUGAAAUCGACUCGAUAUUUUCAUUUGAGUCAACCUCCGCCGUGCUAUCACAAGCAACCAGUGCUCUCAUCAGGCUCGGUGAAGCCGUCAGAACAAUGCUAUCGGACUUCGAAGCGGCGAUUCAGAAGGAUUCAUCCAAAACGCCAAUCCGCGGCGGCGGAGUUCAUCCUCUGACACGAUACGUCAUGAAUUACGUCUCAUUCCUCUCCGACUACAGCGGAGUUCUCUCCGUCAUUGUCGCCGAAUGGCCGCUAACAGCACAAUCAUCGAUGCCAGAAUCUUACUUUGAGAACCCGAAGUCCGACGAUGAUCCAACAUCGGCGAUUUCCUUGCGCCUAGCCUGGCUCGUGCUUGUGCUUCUCUGCAAACUCGAUGGCAGGGCCAAGCUCUACAAGGACGUCUCUCUCUCUUACAUCUUCCUCGCUAACAAUCUCCAGUACGUUACCACCAAAGUCCGUACCUCCAAUCUCCGAUACCUCCUCGGAGAUGACUGGAUCGCAAAACACGAAAUUAAGGUGAAACAGUACGCAUCCAACUACGAACGCAUGGGUUGGAGCAAAGUGUUCUCAUCACUGCCGGAGAAUCCAUCGGCCGACAUCUCGCCAGAGAAAGCGAAAGAAUACUUCAAGAAAUUUAAUUCAUCCUUUGAAGAAGUGUACCGGAAGCAAACAUCGUGGGUCGUACCAGAUAACAAGCUUCAAGAAGAAAUCAAACUCUCUAUUGCUAAGAAACUAGAACCGACGUAUAGAGCCUUUUACGAGAAGAACCGGGCCAGGUUGAGGAGGGAACCGGGUUCGGAGUCAGUGGUGAGAUUUGCACCAGACGAUAUGGAAAAUUACUUGUCAGAUCUGUUUUACGGUACCGGGGUUUCCGGUAGCACGUCGUCGUCGUCUUCUUCUCCAUCGUCGCUUUCGCGUGGGUGAACUGUGAAGGUCCCAUUGAAACGAUACGCCUGGUUGACGUUGUUUUGGCGGUUCAGCCUGCCGUCCUAUGAUACUAUAUUGUCUUUUGGUAUGAUGGUGUUGUCUUUUUGUGGAUAUAAAGUUAUAGAAUAAUCACAUACACGGAUGUAUGCCUGAUGAAUGAGAAUUAUAUACAAAAGAAAAAUUCUUUUAUUUUUUUAUAUCAAAAUCUGUUCUCUC